GUGGGCAAAUGGAUGAAGACAAUGAAGAGGGAUGUUAGUUGGAGAGGUAUACAUUACAGAAGACAUCUGCUUGGAUUGACAUUGUUUUGGGCCUAUUUGAAUGCAACAAAUACAUUUGGUAUUGGAAUGACAUUUUUGGAAAAUGGGACAAUGAUGACAGAUUAAUAUUAGCAUAAUGAGGAAACAAACUGCAGGGCUGAUAUAAAAGCACUGUGAAAUGAACUGCUGACACGGAUAAAGAAGAUUUUGUGAAUCCUGGAUACUCCAGUAGAGUUGGUCACGAUAAGGUACACAGCACAGCAGAGAUGAGAGCUCUGAAGUGUUGGAGGAUUCCUGCCAUACUUACUAUCCUACAGCAAACAUGGAUUUUAGCCAUGGAAAUUCCUCCUGAUGUCAGACAGCCUCCAAUGAUCUUUAAAGAGAGUCCUCAAGACUACAUAGUAGAUCCAGUUGACCCUAUUAUAGUAGAGUGUGAAGCAACAGGGAAUCCACCUCCAGUCUUCACAUGGACACGUAAUGGAGUGUACCUGAAUGUGGCUCGAGAUCCUCAGGUCAGCAUGAGGUGGCGUUCUGGCACAUUAGAGAUUUUCUUCUGGGGUCGUCCUAAUGACUAUGAGGGUGUAUAUCAGUGCACGGCGACUAAUGAGUUUGGCUCUGCUCUGUCCAGUUACAUCAACCUGCGUGUCUCCAAGGCCCGUACAUGGUUGAAGGAGUAUCUGGAGCCAGUCUCAGUGGUGGUUGGACUUCCUCUCAUCCUUCCCUGCAAUCCUCCUGUAGGUCCUCCAAAACCUAGCACUUACUGGCUGAACAGCACCAUGGCACUAAUCCGUCAGGACCGACGAGUAUCAAAAGCAGAAAAUGGAGAUCUGUACUUCUCCAGUAUCGUAGCAGAAGAUGCUCUUACAAACUAUGUCUGUGUUGCGCGCUUCCCCUUCACAAACACCAUCCAGCAGAAACCGCCCCUCAUUCUGCAGGUGCUUACAGCUCGCAUGGCAGCCCAUACGGCACCCAGGUUUCUGAAACCCAAAGGAACCGCCAGCACAACCAUUGCGAUGCUGGGGGAAGAGCUUAUUUUGGAGUGUUUUGCUGCUGGAGUUCCAACUCCCUUCAUCAAGUGGACUAAAGAUUGGGAGGAGAUGUCCAUGACAGGAAAGAAGUUGGAAAACUUUAAUAAGACACUUAGAAUAAAGAACGUCUCUAUGGAUGAUGGAGGAGACUACAUCUGCACCGCUUCAAACAGGAUGGGCAGCCUGGACCACGUCAUCACUGUCAGGGUCAAAUCGGUUCCAUUCUGGGUGGAGAAACCUGAGAGUCUGGUUUUGUCUCGUGAUGACAGUGGUAGUAUAGUGUGUAGAGCUGAUGGAAUUCCUCGACCACAGAUACAGUGGCUGGUUAAUGGAGAGCCAAUCAGUGAUGCUCCUAAGAGUCCAGGCAGACAGGUUUCAGGAGACACUUUGACGUUCAGGGCUGUGGUUCCAGACAGUGCUGCUGUGUUCCAGUGCAAUGCUUCAAACCAGUACGGCUAUAUCAUGGCAAACGCUUUCUUGGCUGUAAUGGAUAUGAGACCUCGCCUGUUAGGUCCCAGAGAUGAACUCAUUAAAACAACUGAAGGCAAUCAUACUCAUUUAGACUGCCCAUAUUUUGGGUCUCCGAAACCUGACCUGCGUUGGUCAAAAGGAGGACUAGGUACCUUAGAGGGAAGUCGUCAUAGGAUUCUUCCAAAUGGUACACUGGAAAUCAGAAAUACAAAGCUACAAGAUCAGGGAAGCUAUGUGUGUGUUGCAAGCAACGUCAUUGGACGAGAUGAGAAAGAGGUCCAACUAGAGGUCAAAGAGCCCAUUAAAAUCGUUCGUGCCCCACACAAUACUGUAGUCAUAAGAGGAAGUCUGGCUCGUUUUGAUUGUAAGAUUAAAUUUGACUCAACUCUGGAUGUCACCGUCACUUGGCUUAAGGACAAGAAGUUCUUGAUCUUAGGAAGGAGGAUGACCAAGGAUGAGGAUUCUCUGAGCAUUGCUGAUGUGUACAGACGAGAUGAAGGCGUCUACACCUGCAGGGUUAAAAGUGAACUGGAGGAGGUCACUGCCCCAGCCAAACUCACUGUGAUGGAUCGUCCAGACCCGCCCAGUGACCUAGAGAUAUCAGACCCAUCAGAGAGGAGCGUUAGACUCACCUGGGUACCAGGACUGAGCAACCACAGUCCUAUUAAAGAGUACCUGGUUCAAUAUACCGAAGAUCUCCUUGCAGACUAUUGGCUGCUGCCAAGCGGCUGGAAGAACCUGUCCAGCUACCCGGGGAGCCUAAACUCUGUCAUUUUACAGCUGACACCGUUUGUAGAGUACAGAUUCCGGGUCAUCACUGUAAACGGUAUAGGUCCCAGUAAACCCAGCUGGCCAUCUGAAUACUACCAGACAGGAGGAGCUGUGCCUGAUGCCAUCCCAAGGAACAUCCAAGGAAUGGGAAGUGGAGUGUUCAGAAAUAACAUGGAGAUCAGCUGGGAGCCACUGGAGUACAGAGAAUGGAAUGGGCCGAAACUGGGCUACAUGGUUUGGUGGAGACGAAGGGAUUCAAGGGAAGAGUGGAAGAACUACACAACAUACUGGUGGUGUAGCUACAUCAUCUAUGACACUGACACCUUCACACCCUAUGAGAUUAAAGUUCAGGCCGUCAACUUUUUCGGCUAUGGCCCAGAAUCUACUAUUGUGCUUGGCUACUCUGGGGAGGACCGUCCUGUUGCUGCUCCAUCUGACCUGAGUGUGUCAGACAUCGAGAGCUCAACGCUGACAGUCCAUUGGGAACCAGUGUCACGAGCUGACAUCAUGGGUGAAAUAAAGGAGUACAAAGUUUAUUACUGGAGAGAGAACAGUCGCCUGCCCUGGCACACUGUGAGCAGGAGGAUUAAGACCAAGAGUUUUAAAGCUAAUGGACCUCGUUUGUCUGGGACCCUGACUGGUCUUGUACCGUAUAGUAACUACAGGAUGUAUAUUGUAGUGGCCAAUAAUCGCUAUGAAGGUCCGCCCAGCAACACCAUUGAGUUUCAGACGCCUGAAGGAGUGCCCUCAAUUCCCAGAUCGUUCAGAAUCAUGCACCGGCACUAUGACACCAUUUACCUGGACUGGGAAGAACCUGCAGAACCCAAUGGCAUUCUGACCGGAUAUAUUCUCAAAUAUCAGACAUUGAACGUCACUCUGGGCGACAGAAUCCAGGUUGAAUACAUUACUCCGAACAUCACCUACUUCUCCCUGCGGCGAUUUGACCGUUACACGCGAUACAAGUUCUCACUGGCAGCACAAACCGAGGUUGGAGCCGGGGAGGCGUUCACAGAGGAAUCACCCCAUUUUACAACUGAGGAAUAUACCCGGGAUCAAGUGGACAUUGUGACGCAGGGUUGGUUCAUUGGCUUAAUGUGUGCAGUCGCUCUCCUUGUUCUUAUCAUGCUCAUAGUCUUUUUCAUCAAGAGGAGCCGAGGAGGAAAGUACCCAGUGCGGGACAAGAGAGACAUUGCACUGGAGCCAAUGGAUGAUAGAGAGAAUGGAACGUUUGAUUACAGGUCUCUUGAGAGGUAUGAUUUAUGUCAUUUUUAACAGAGUUGACUUUUUUUUUGGUUGUUUAAUUAAAUGGCC